AUGCUUCAUUUAAGCGCCGUUUGGCGUAAAAAUCCUGUCGUUUUCAAACAGGGGCAGGGGAUGUUUUCACACCAACUGAAGCGUCUGCUGCAAAAGAAAUCGAUUCACCGCUACAACUGGGAUCCCUUGCCCAUGUAUGACCCGCGCAAAUUAGUGCACGCCAAUCGUCGUGUUGACACGGAAACGUGGCAAGAGAAAUACGAUCCGCACUGGGAUGAGCGUGCGCACCUGGUGCCAGAUCAAGUGUAUCAUCACGUCCCUGUUCCGCCCGAGUACAAAGACGCGUAUUGGUGGAGAGAUCUGCAGGCACGCCGCGUGCAGUGUCCUGUGGAGUGGGUGAGCCAUCGAAUGUACAACAAGGGCGACCGGCAACGCUACGAUUUCCAGGACUUGGCGUUCCGCAAAAAGUUUGAGUAUUCGUACGAGGAAGUGGUACAGAAUGCGAAGGAUAUGCGGAGCUGA